UAAGCAUAAAUCAGAAUUAAAAAAAUGAGAAACAUGAUCGAAGUUUCCCAAGGUGUAAAGGACUCUGAAUAUGGCAAAAUAAUGUUCUCCAAUGUGAUGGUUACGAGGAAGAGAAACCUUUUCAUGGGUCGUACAUGGAGGACUCUUGAUAUCAAAAUGGCAGUAGGCAUUCUAGCUGUUCAUUUGUUGGCACUUUUCGCGCCGUUUACGUUUACAUGGGGUGCAUUCUGGGCGGGCUUUAUCAGCUACGCGUUGCGUGGAAUUUUUGGUAUAACUAUGUCGUAUCACCGAAAUCUAGCACACCAUAGUCUCAAGCUACCCAAAUGGCUUGAAUAUACCUUUGCUUAUCUUGGAGUACUUGCUUUGCAGAGGGAUCCCAUAUAUUGGGUGAGCAUGCAUAGAUAUCAUCAUCAAUAUGUUGAUUCAGAGAAAGAUCCACACUCUCCAAUCUUUGGAUUUUGGUUUAGUCAUAUGGGUUGGCUCUUUGACAGUGGUUACAUUCUUGAAAAGUAUCAAGAACGUAAAAAUGUGGAGGAUUUAAAGAAUCAAGCAUUCUACAGAUUCAUCAAAAGAACCUAUCUAUUGCAUCUGUUUGCAUUUGCUGUCAUUGCUUAUAUUUUUGGUGGAUUUACCUACCUCGUGUGGGUCGUGGGAGUUUCAACCACAUGGGGAUAUCAUGUGACUUUUCUUGUGAACUCAGCAUGUCAUAUAUGGGGAAAUCAAGUUUGGAACACCGGUGAUCUCUCCAAGAAUAAUUGGUGGGUAGCAUUGGUUACUUUUGGUGAAGGGUGGCAUAAUAAUCAUCAUGCAUUUGAGUAUUCAGCUCGACAUGGAUUAGAAUGGUGGCAAAUUGACUUUUGUUGGUAUAUGAUAAGGUUUCUUGAAGCAGUAGGGUUAGCCACCAAUGUUAAGUUACCAACCGAUAAUCACAAACUUAAGAAGUCAUUGGCAUCUCUUAACAAGUUCAAGUGAUCAGUGAUUGUGUGUGUCUAUAUAUAUACACACAUAUAUUUGUAAGGGUUCGUCUACAAAGGACAUUUUUCAUUCAAAGUGUGAGAAAUCUAUGUGGGCUUUGUGUUUUAAACUUUAGGCAUGAUGGUAUAGAUUCUUUUGACAUAAUAUUAUAUAGAAAAACACCAAACGAUGCGAAGAAAGUAAUCAAUGUGUUUCAUAUUUGAUGCUUAGAAUACAUUUGAUUGUAUUCUAUAUUGUUGUGUUUGGUGGUUUUCAAUAUAACAUUAUCCAAAGGCAUCUAAAACAUAAUGUCUAAAAUACAAAACACAAUACCUACAUAGACUUCUCACACUUUGUAGGAAAAAUACCAUUUGUAGACUAACUCUACCGUGUGUGUAUAGAUAUAUAUAAUAUUUGUUAAGAUUAAGUGUAUGGUGUGUUAUUUGUCUGUACCACUUGUUGGUUUUAUUUAAAAACUUUGUUAAAUUGUUA